AUGGUGUUCUCGAAUCUGACCGACAACGACAAGGGUGCGUUCUUCGCCCUCCUAGACGAGUUGAGUCGUCCCGUUCGCUUGAGGGGCAUAGCCCCGUUGAACCCGAGCGCCGAUGCCUCAUGCAGAUACUUUACAUCGCGGCCGCAUCUAUUCGGCGGGGCCUCUGAAAACGAGAUCGCCGAUGCGCGCGCGGACGCCGCCAAGGUCGUGCUCGGCGGCCUGAAACACGUCUCGUCGCCUGGAGGGCUGAUAUCAUCAUCUGCGACGAGCACGCAUGAUGCACAUUCACCUUCUGCAUUCGCCGCGGGCUUGCGCGCCGUUCAGGCCGCGGCACCCAGGUCGCCCACUCGACCAGCUGCGCCAGGCCGAAGCGGCGGGUCGCCCGCCCCGCCCCCGAUGCCGCCCCGGCGGGCGUCCAGCAUCGCCAGCGAAGAGGAACCCGCCCACAACGUGCGGCCGUCCAGCUUCGUCGGCAGCCGCGGGCUGUCGCCGGCCCCGCCUCCGCCGAUGCCCCCACGGCGCGGUUCAAGCGUCGCCAGCGAAGACGAGCCGCCCGCGGGCAACGUGAAACCUUCCAGCCUAAAAGGCGGUCCUCCCGCCGGCCUCGUCGCCACGAAGAAAUUCGGGGACGUCGACGUCACGUCCGCGAAGGGGAUGUACUCCUCCAUCCGGCACGGCACGGUGAACAAAACGGCGAAGCCGCCAGCCGUGACGGUCCCGCCCGCUUUCACACCAAAGCAGAACGCUUGGGCGCCGCCACCACGUCGGACGAUCUCGACCGCCGAAAGCGAAGAAGAGCCCCAGCCGCAGCGCUCUACGCCUUCGCCUGCACCCAGAGCCCCUCCCCCUCCCCUGAGGCGAGCAGAACCCGAACCCGAACCGGAGGGAGAGUGGGCGGAAGUCCUGUACGAUUAUGACAGCGGGGAACCCGGGGAUCUCAAGAUCGAGGCCAAUGAAAGGGUGCUGGUGGUUGAGCGGUCGUCGGAGGAUUGGUGGACAGGCGAAAUCGAAGGCAGGCGCGGAUUGUUCCCAGCGAGCUACGUAAAAAUAAUGUAA